UGAUGUAGCUUUCCAGCUCACUGACUGCUGCAUCUGUCACUUAAGAGAGCGUGCACCGUAUAUCUCGUAUUUUUGAAAUGGAAUAACUCCACAGUCACAAGGAGGACUACUUGACCAACUCUUUUUCUUCCCAUGGUGCAUGAAGGACCGGUUUGGAUGGGAUCUAUGGAGAUGGACGGGAUCGGCAACACCAUGCAGAAGAAGGCUGCUGAGCUGGAGCGCAUGGCCGAGGUGCUCGUCACCGGAGAACAGCUGAGGCUGCGUCUCCACGAGGGGAAGGUGAUCAAGGAUCGUCGGCACCACUUGAGAACCUACCCAAACUGCUUUGUGGCCAAGGAGCUCAUCGAUUGGCUGAUUGAGCACAAGGAGGCCUUGGAUCGAGAUACGGCCAUUAAGAUUAUGCAGAAACUCCUAGACCAGAGCAUCAUUCAUCACGUGUGUGACGAGCAUCGGGAGUUUAAAGACAUGAAGUUGUUCUACCGCUUCCGGAAAGAUGACGGGACCUUCCCACUGGAUAACGAAGCCAAGGUCUUCAUGAGGGGCCAGAGGAUCUAUGAGAAGUUGAUGACUAUGGAAAACAACCUAUUACAGACCAGAGAGGAGGAGGGCGGGACCUUUGAGCGGACGCUGGUGGCCUCUGAGUUCAUUGAUUGGCUGCUGCAGGAGGGGGAGAUGGCGACCAGGGAGGAGACAGAGGAACUUGGGCGGAGACUUCUUGAACACGGCAUCAUCCAGCAUGUGACCAACAAGCACCACUUUGUCGACGGGGCCCUGCUGUACCAGUUCAGGAUGAACUUUCGUCGCCGGCGGCGUUUAAUUGAGCUGCUUAAUGAGCGCGGCCGCUGCAUCCCCGAGAGCCACGACAGCCCCUUCUGUCUCCGCAAGCAGAACUCGGAUGGAGGCAACACGAGCUUCCUCUCAGUGAGUCCUACUAAGGAGAUAAAGGUUGUAGUGGGGGCUCGGCGGAGCAGCAUGAGCAGCAGCUGUGGUAGCAGCGGUUAUUACAGUAGCAGUCCUACACUCAGCAGCAGUCCACCUGUCCUCUGUAACCCCAAGUCUGUUCUGAAAAGGCAAGUGAGUCCGGAGGAGCUGCAAACACCAGGAGGGCCCUUCAUAAAGAAGACAUUCACUAUUGUCGGUGAUGCCGUGGGUUGGGGUUUUGUGGUGCGAGGCAACAAACCCUGUCACAUCCAGGCUGUGGACCCCAGUGGACCUGCAGCUGCUGCCGGCAUGAAGGUGUGUCAGUUUGUGGUGGCAGUGAACGGUCUCAACGUCCUCUUCCUGGACUACCGGACCGUCAGCAACCUCAUCCUGACCGGGCCCAGAACUGUCGUCAUGGAAGUCAUGGAAGGGGUAUAAUACCGAUGAGAAGACCAUGUGCAGGCCUUGUGAGGGAGUGAUGGCAUACUGAUGGAGUUCAGAAGCUGAACUUUUUGCACUAGACAUCAGAGCCGCAGCGACGGUGAAAUGUGGAGGAGCCGAGGGGGGAAGUGUGAGAAAGAAAGAGGGGGGGGGUAUCAUAGUUGAGCAACUGACUGAACUCUAAAUACAAGCCAGAGUCUCUCCGCACACAUUGUUUUUUUGUGAUCCUAUGACCCGGAUAUAUUGGACGACUGAGUAGACAGGUAUAUUUAGAAAAAGUGAGUAUUUGAGUGGAGUAAAUGGCGUAACCCCUCAACAAAACAUGCAAAUAAUUCUUGAUGUGUCUUUGCACCUAGGAGACCUGUGAACGAGAGAGUAAAACGGUGGACAGCCACCGUGACCCCACAAAGACUUGCGGUCUUAAAUUAGGAGGCCCCGACAAGGAGUAUGUUCCUGACAAAGAAGUGGAAUAGAAAGUCAACUAUUCCCUGCCAUCAGUAAUGUUUGGGUUGGGAACCAAAAGUGUAGUAUGGGUUUCUUGGUGCUCAUGUGUGGUUUAAAAAUAAUAAUAAUUUUUUUAAAGUUCUUGUUCUGAGACGGGUCACAUUGAAACAUUUAGUGACCUCUGUCCUAGUUUCAGCAGCGAUAGCCACUCCAGUUAAAAUUGUCCCUGCACUGCCCUCUGCUGGGCCUCUGGUGGCAUAACGUUCCAAUUUAUGAAGCGUUUAAAAAAAAAAACCCAAAUCUCAGACCUAACGUUACAAUCCAUAAAACAUGUGGCUGUUCUUGGCACGUGAGAGCCCAAGAGCAGAAAUAGUUCAAGCAGGCGGAUUCACAUCUGCUAAGUAUUAAUAAAAACAACAAUGUUAAAACAGAACAACAAAAAAUCAGUGAUUUUACACAUUGUAUGUAUAUAACAAAACUGGAGAAGGUAAAGAGUGCCUGCUUGAAGGCAUGUUGGACAAAUCCUCUUGAAAGGAUCCUGUUGAAAGUAUCAACAUUACAUGUACCUUACGUACCUUGCCUGUACGCAAGUGAAAGCAUCUUAAUCAAGAUACGCUUACAAGACGUUGUAGCCAUUUGGUUAAAAAGACAGAAAACUACCUUCCACACAUGAUUUCACAAGAUUUCAGUAUGAUAAAAAAAAAAAAGAAAAGCGAAUGGAAGAAAAAUGGAGAUCAUUCGAUCAUGACUCAAUGACGCACAAAUUCAGAAUUAUAUUGAUUUGAAUAGGGAUUUAGAAUCUGUAAAAUGCCUCAUUAAUAUUAUACCUACAAUGUGUUCAGUUGGCGGUAGUGUUUAGUGCAGUGUUUUAACCAGGGCCUGUUAAGGUAAACCCUGCUCGUCUGCCCAUCGCUAGAGACCAUGUCAAUUUUCCAUUAAUGUGAAAAUUGUGUGUGCUCACUUUACAUUCGGAGGUAAUAUACUAUAGCACAGUUAUAUAGGCUAUGUAGCUUGAUUAUGUCAGCACUUGAAUUAAUCGGAGAUAUUGGUUUUGAUUGACUACAGCACUUAAUCCCAAUCGUAGUUAAAACUUAUUUCGUUCAACUUACAAUGCAUAUAUUCCGAGAAGUUGAUGUUGUUGUAUCUAACCUCUCUAGUUGGAAAUUAGUAGGGAAAAAAAAUAACUCCCAUAUGAUAUUUUCCCCUCUAUAACCUGAAAUCAUUUGUUCCCCCUGCAACAGCCAUCAUUUAAAGUUGACGUAUAAUCACUCACUGCAGGAAAUGAAGCGUGCUGACUGUAUGUACGGUGGGAUCACACCAGUACAGACUUGUCAGGAAGGAGGGCAGACGAUUCAUGUCUUCCUUUAUUGUCUUAGUAAAUGUAUAGUUGCUAUGAGCAAACAGUACUCGCUAAAAAGUUUAAUUGCAACUUGCAUCAACUACUUUUUUUUUUUUUAAAGUGGGUACUCGAUAAUGAGUAAUGUCUCGGCACUACCACAUAUUUCAUGUAAUGUUGUUGUUUGACUGCCUGAUCAGUUUGGACGUCUACGUUGAGGCAAUUCACUUUCAGUUCAAUCGGGUUCAAAUGUGCAUGGAAGUUGCAGUUCGUUUGCUGACAAUUUUGUAUUGAAGUCGAGGGUUGCAGAUGUUUCAGACUCGGUUGUUGGGCAGUAUGUGACAGCUUCCUCGCUUCAGUAGUGUUUCAAAACUUUGCAGAGUAUUUGAGAGUAUUGAAAAGUUGGUGCACUCUGCUCCCUGUAUUGAUAGAAAGGGAACCGGAUCACAACCCGGCCUGACAUUUACAUCGAUUCAUCUGUGAUGCUUUUGUGAUACGACUGAUCUGUGAUAUGAUCGAUAUAUCUGUGAUCAUCAUCAUCAUACUUGCCUCCGUUUGACAACUUCUCUAUCUUAAGUUACCGGCUGGCUGCUGUGGUCAGCUGUGCCGAUUUGUUGUCUAACUUGGAAACUCAUCCAUAGAAGGAUAGUACUAUGUCAGAGGUGAAGUAUACUGCUUAUAUAUUCAGGUGAUAUGUCAGUAGUCCAUAGUUAGAGAUCAAGACAUUUGUUCACUCGUCUUGUCCCGACGAUUUUCUACUGAAAUUGUAACAACAUAAGGCACACGAACGAAACUGUUUUAGUCCAUUAAGAGAACAUUUUCAGAUAAUCAGUACUGUAAAAAUGUCUAACGUGUGUUUCAUAUUGGCUAUCUUGUUUUCUCUGCUGUGCUUAAAUGUUAUAUUGAGGAGUGAAAUGCAUGAUUUUUUUUCAAAAUCCCUGUCUGUUUAUGUAGCACUAGCUUAUAAUAAUACAGAGGAUUUCCUCAAUUUGUUGACUGACAGGACCAUAAUUUGCCUAAAAUCAUUGGAGGGUUGAGAUAACACUUUGUCCGUCGGUUUAAAAUGCACAUUUAGCAGUCGGAACAAGUCCUCGCUGUUAGAGCUGGUUUCUGCAUGGUUGUUCUCAUGUAGGACCUCCACAGGCUAUAUUGCAAGACCUCCACAACAUGCACACAUGCAUAAAAAGAGACCUAUUUUAGGGCGUCCGGGUAGCGUAGCGGUCUAUUCCGUUGCCUCCCAACAUGGGGAUCACCUGUUCGAAUCCCCGUGUUACCUCUGGCUUGGUCGGGCGUCCCUUCAGACAGAAUUGGCCGUGUCUGUGGGUGGGCGGACGGAUGUGGGCAUGUGUCCUGGUCGCUGCACUAGCACCUCCUCUGGUCAGUCGGGGCGCCUGUUCGGGGAGGAGGGGGAAGUGGGGGGAAUAGCGUGAUCCUCCCACGCGCUACGUCCCCCUGGUGAAACUCCUCACUGUCAGGUGAAAAUUGUCUAGCUAAUCCACAUGAAUCGGAGGAGGCAUGUGGUAGUCUGCAGCCCUCCCCAGACCGGCAGAGGGGGUGGAGCAGCGACCAGGAUGGCUCGGAAGAGUGAGGUAAUUGGCCGGGUACGAUUGGGGAGAAAAGGGGGGUAACCCCCCCUCAAAAAAGAGACCUAUUUUAGUGCUAAUGUGUAAUUCCCCACUAAUUUUGUUACAUGGUGGGUUGCCAAACCACACGGUGUGUUUUGUAUAAAGCUCGUGUAGGUUUUCAAGUUUGUUUUGGAAAUGGGUUCAACUGAGUAUAACCAAGAACCAACCGGGGAAAUCAGACAGGAGCACAGACUCCAUCUUGUUUCGGCUAUGUGAGAUGCCGUAUCGCAGAGUUUUCUAUAAGCCCAAAGCAAGUGUUAUGGAAACCAGUCGCUAUUUUCAACACUGGUGUCAUCUGGUAAUACACAUCCGUUGUUACGGCACUGAUCAGCACGACCUGUAAACGCCGUAGCAGCAACUGGAAAAGCUGAACAUUUAUCAUCCCAGACCACACACGCAUUAAGUGUUCUCAUUAAGAGUGUAUCGUGCAAUGCAGAUUCUCGCAGACUUAAAGUGUAAAUAUCUUGGUUUGUGCAUAGGCUCAUAUCCCUGACACUUUCUUCUUUUUUUUUUUUUUUGCAUUGCUUAGCCUAUGUGAAGCUUUCUCUCCAGGAAUGAGGCCAGUUCUUUAACUGUGCUCGGGGGAACCAUUUGGCUGAAAUUGUGUUGAUUUUUUUUUCUUCUUUGCUACUGAAAGAAAUGAAAAUAUGGCAAUGAUGCUUGGACAAUAUAUUGAGGUAUGAAGGCAAAGCGGAUGGGAAACGUUACCUGCAUCAGAGAUGGGAAUUUGCAAAGAGGACAAAGGUCACGGAGAUAAGGUUGGGUUUUGAGGUGACAGGUUUGCCCAUCCUGCCUUGAUAUAAUGCAUCUGUGUCUGGGGGCCGCUGACCCGGCUGGGGCUGAUGGCUCACCGAUGGCUGGUUGGAGUUUGCUGCCUGUUAAAGUGAUAUGCUUGAAAACGUUUGCCUUAAGAAUUUAUAUUGCUGCUAAUCACAGUUGGUGGUCAUCUUAUCUGUUCCCGUCUUUUUUAAUCAAAAGAUUUUAGUUGACGUUGAUUUUUUUUUUCCUUGAAGAAUCGCAACGCAUAAAUGCUGGUUGUACAAUGUGACCCCCCUUAUGUUGCGUUGACAAUGGAGGCAUCCUGUUCUCUAGCACAAAGGAUGUUUAGAAAGCUGCCAUCUAGCAUGUCUUCUUUACUUUAUGCAGAUCAUAUUGUCAAAUUAAUGCUUCUUCUUCUUUUUUUUGGCUCACUCAUUUUAAAGGGAUAUAUUUUUGCAUUUACAUUCACCUCAUCAGGCCAGAGUCAGGGCCCAAACAUCUUCAGCUCUCACAGCUAUUUUAUUUUAUUUUCUUAUCACAGAGAGAGAAUGGGGUGAUGACGACAGUAGAGUAUUCUCACUGUUUCACGGUCUGUUUCUCCAGCAACAAUUCAUUUUGAUGUUCUAAUGUAUGAAAAGGUCACAUGAUGUGGUUAAUAAACAUACCCAUAUGAGUCCA